AUGGCUCGAACGAAAAUAACAGCUCGAAAAAACCCUAGCCCUAACACGCCCACUUCUUCAUCAUCAUCUCCACCAUCUUCUCCAUUUCUAAGUUGUUCACCCUCACCACCACCUAGACCAACUCCUCCAAAAGAAUCAUGUAAAAACACAUUCUCAGACUACUUGUCCUCAUCUCCAGAUUCAAACCCUAAUCCAACUUCUCUCAACCCAUUAUCAAUUGUACUUCCCCAUCUCUUCCAAAGAUCCGCUCCUAAUCUAUGCGAAAUUCCUCCACAUCUUUGCAUAUCUUUUUCUAAACCUACUGAAGCCAAGAGACGUUCCUUGCACGUCUCGGCUGGAAUCAGAACAUCAAAGGCAAAACACACCAAACCCACCGUGUUUGUCAUCUCCGAUUAUGACGAUUAUGAGCCAUCUAUACCAAACCCAACAAAAUCUUCCAACCCUCUCAAACCCUGCGAACCAUCUACAUCUUCACUUCCAACAGAACCCUCUCAAUCAAUACCUCCUAAUCAAAAAAGGAAGUCCAUGACUGAGAUUUUUUCAUCAACAAAACUUUCUCAACCCUCUCCAACAAAAACCACUUCAAAACCACAAAACUUAAAGGUCAAAACCACCAUCACAUUUUCUCAGUACUCAGUUCUAAACCUUAACAAGAAGGAAGUCGUUGCUGACCUGUUUCAAGAAGGUUGCAAAAACUAUAUGUCUACAUCUUUAAAGCCCAUUUGCAAAGUCUUCAACAGUAUCAGUCAGCAUUCGAUCUUGCCUCACUGUGAGAGUCACGAGUAUGUCUCCGAUAAUGAUGCGUUGGUCAUCCAUCACCUCCUUAACUACAAGAGAGUUAAUCUUACCUACAUCGUAAUUCAGAACAUGGUAUCUGCCACAAAUAAGGACUACAAGAAAAACACAGUCCCUUAUGACAUGCUUCUUUCCAAGAUUUUUAGCUAUUUUAACAUCCCUCUAUCUUCUGAAUCAUCCACAAUAAAAAUUUCAAAAUUUUCUUCCAAGAAUGUGUAA